AUGGCGUCUGAGCUAAAACAAACUCUAACAAAAAGAUACGGCGCUCUUGAACUGUGGGAAAUCAUAGUGAUUGCUUUGUUCGCAGCAUUCAUAGUAAUCCUAGCCAUUUCAGUAUGGCUCAGCUUCCGUAAAAAAUCAAGAAGAUCUAACUUUAUACAGCUUCCCGUAACGCAAAGCAGUCCUCGCCUUCCUGAAGAAAUCAAAGAAAUAAACGUUGAUCAUGUUUCAUCAAACAACAACAACAACAAUGGUACUACUACUACUACUUCUCAUCAAACCCUAGAUGAGAAGUUCAGCAAGAACGACAUAGAGAAUGGUAACAACUACUCUGGAUCUCUAGAGAAAAAGUCACAUUUGCCUCCUUCUACUUCUUCACCUAUCUCUGGUCUCCCUGAAGAUUCUCACAUUGGUUGGGGUCACUGGUUCACUCUCCGUGACCUUCAAGUUGCGACUAAUCAUUUCUCCAAAGAGAAUAUCAUCGGUGAUGGUGGCUAUGGAGUUGUUUACCAUGGAACUUUAACCAACAAAACCCCUGUGGCUGUCAAGAAGUUGCUCAACAAUCCAGGGCAAGCUGAUAAAGAUUUCAGAGUUGAAGUGGAAGCCAUAGGACAUGUCCGGCACAAGAACUUAGUUCGUCUUCUUGGAUACUGCGUUGAAGGAACUCAUAGGAUGCUGGUUUACGAGUACAUGAACAAUGGGAACUUAGAACAAUGGCUUCAUGGAGACAUGAGUCACCAAGGUUAUCUCACAUGGGAGGCUCGGAUCAAAGUUCUUGCUGGCACUGCAAAAGCGCUUGCUUAUCUCCAUGAAGCUAUUGAGCCGAAAGUGGUGCAUAGAGAUAUAAAAUCAAGCAAUAUACUGAUGGAUGAUAACUUUGAUGCCAAGUUAUCAGAUUUCGGUCUUGCUAAAUUGCUUGGAGCUGAUAAAAGCUACGUUAGUACUCGAGUUAUGGGAACAUUCGGAUAUGUUGCACCUGAAUAUGCUAAUUCCGGAAACCUAAACGAGAAGAGCGACGUGUACAGCUUUGGUGUUGUUCUCUUGGAAGCUAUUACUGGAAGGUAUCCAGUGGAUUAUGCAAGGCCUAAAGAAGAGGUGCAUAUGGUGGAGUGGUUGAAGCUAAUGGUACAGCAGAAACAGAUUGAGGAAGUGGUGGAUAAAGAGCUUGAGAUCAAACCAUCGACAAGUGAUCUUAAACGAGCGCUUUUGACAGCUUUGAGAUGUGUUGAUCCUGAUGCAGACAAGAGGCCAAAGAUGAGCCAAGUGGCUCGAAUGCUUGAGUCAGAUGAAUACCCUGUGAUGCCUAGAGAGGAAAGAAGACGAAGGAGAAGUCAGAACGCAGAGAUGCAUAGAGAAAGCACAGAUACUAAUAAAGAUGAGAUCAUAACAGAUGCAAAGAUUUGA